AUGGCUCCGCCGCCCGGCAUGGGGCCGCCUCCCGGAGCCAUGCCCGCGCCGGGCGUGAGCGCUCCCCCCGGAAUCCAGCAGGCGCAGUCGCCGCUGCCCGCGCGCCCCGGCAACCUCCCGCCCAACUUCCAGCCCCCGGCCGGCAUGCCCAACAUCAACUUCAGCGCGCCCGUCAUUCGCCUGGGCACCACGGGCCCCAGCCCCGCGCCCUCGGGCCGCAAGGAGAGCGCCGCCGAGCCGCUGUCGGCCGGCGGUAGGCGUCCGGGCCUCGGCGGCGACUUGAGGGGCGAUUCGCAGCGCGGCCAGAUGCGCGACUCGAUCAUGUCGUUGCAGCCGCCUACGCGCGAGGAGAUUAUGCGCACCAUCUUCAUUGGCAACAUCCCGGACGGCGUGGGCGGCGACGACGGCGUUGAGCGGAUAUUGCGCACGGCGGGGAACUUGCGUCGCUGGAGCAGGGUCACAGAUGCCGACGACAAGCCGUGCAAGUUUGGCUUUGCCGAGUAUGAGGAUGCCCAGAGCUUGGAGACCGCGGCGGAGAUUUUCAAGAAUGGCGUCGAGGUCCCGCUCAAGAAGCAGGAAGCUAUGAAGACGGAGGAAGAGGUCGAGAAGACGAUUCUCUUGGUCAAGGUUGACGAGGCCUCGAUGGCAUACGCCGAGGAGUGGAAGGGCAAACGCGACGAAGACGAGUCCGCUGCGCAGUUCCGUGUUGAUACCGCCAAGGAGGCCUUGACUAGUGUCAUCCAUAGCCUUUUCCACCCCCGUGAAGCUCCGACCCAGGACAACGAAGGCGACGUCGCCAUGGGCGAUUCCGAGACCAAGAUCGACGGCGCUACCGGCGAAGUCGUCACCAUCCCUCUUACCGUCGAGGACGAACUGUCUGACAUUCCUCCUGAAAUGCGCGAGACCGUCGCGGCGGAGAUUGCUGCUUUCCGUGAUCGCAGUGUGCGCAGGGAUAUGGAGCGUCUGGCGCGUGAAGAGGAGAUGGAGAAGCUGGAACGUCAGAGAGGCUCGGGGGCCCGCAUCAACCGCCUGGCUUCGCCGCCUACGACGGCACCUAGCGGACCCGGUGGUGGCGCGAACGGCAUCCCUCUCGGACCCAGCAAGCGUGGUGUGGAAGGUGCGCCAAGCGGUCCCAAGGCUUUCACCGGCGCGCAGAUUCCCAAGGACUAUCAGAACGGCGUGGCGUUUGUCAAUGGCUCUUCUUCCUGGAUCCACCGCGAGGAUGAGGAUGAUCCGGCCAGCGACGAGGAGCUGGAGCGUCGUCGCAAGGCUAAGCAAAAGGCAGAGGAGGACAAGUCCUACCGUGAGGAAGAGCGUCGUUGGCAGAACCGCGAGAAGAGUCGUACGGCUGCUCUUGCACGUGAGAAAAAGCGUGACGACGAAGAGGAGAAGGCGCAGGAGGCCGAGAAGGACGCCAUGGCCAAGCGCCUCGCCGACUGGGAUGACGACGAGGAAUCCGCCCGCAAGGCCGAAGAGUACUACUCGGACCGUCCGAUGUGGUUGCGCAACCGACAGGCGUUCCGCCAACGCGAGUCGGCUGCCGACCAGAAGGACCGCGAAGCCGAGGACCGCGAGAACGCGCGUGAGACGGAGAAGCGCGAGCAAGCGCGCGGGCUGGCCGACUCGUUUCUGGACCGCACGGCCAGCGAGCUGUCAGCGCGCUCGGCCGCAGCACCCACGACGCCGCGCGAGCCGGCGCGCUUCAAGAUGUCGCUGGCGGCAGCGGCGUCGCAGCGGGCGCAACAAGCGGCGCCGCGGCGCACGGCGGCCGAGGUCGAAGGCCUGCUCGAGGACGAGGAAGACACGGAGCAGUCGCAGCGGCGCAAGGUCGGGCUCAUUCCGUUCGACCCCAACGACCUGAAGGCAAAUAUGACGGAGGAAGAGAAGCGCGAGGCGGCCAAGCAGCUGGCGGCGGAUAUUCCGAACGAUCUCGAGGGUCUGGUCAAUUGGCAGGUCGACUGGAAGUAUAUCGACGAGGAGAUUAUGAAGGCCCAGCUGCAUCCGUUCAUUGAGAAGAAGAUUGAGGAUUAUCUGGGGGUCAGGGAGCAGAUGCUGGUGGAUGUGGUGGAGGAGCAUGUGCGGGGGCAGGGCAAGCCGGAUGAUUUGAUCAAGGUGCUGGAGGAGGCACUGGACGAGGAGGCCGAACCCCUGGUCAAGAAGCUCUGGCGCAUGAUCAUCUUCUUCUCCGAGUCGGAGAAGCGCGGCAUUGCUGCGUAG